GCCGCGAAGCUGGCCCGCAACGACUCGCCGGUGCCACCCAGGCGUCAGCUGUCCUCCUACAUCAGCGUCGAGCGGUGGGACGAGAGUGACGAGUGGCCGCUGGAGUGCUGGUGUGAUCUGCUCUGCGACGACCUGAUGUCGCCGCAGUGGGAGGUGCGCCACGGCGCCGUCACCGCGCUGCGCGAGACGCUCAAGGUGCACGGCUCCGGUGCCGGCCGGCAGCCGGGCCUCUCACAACAGCAGAUGGCCGAGCGGCAGCGCCUGCGCCUGGAGGACCUGGCGCUGCGCCUGGUGCGCCUGCUGGCGCUGGACCGGCUCGGGGACUACAUCGGCGACCAGGUGGUGGCGCCAGUGCGCGAGACGGCGGCGCAGGCGCUGGGCGCGGUGCUGCGCCUCCUGCCGCUGUCGUCGGUCUGGCAGCUGGCGGGCGUGCUGCUGGCGCUGCUCGACCGCACGGAACGGCUGCGCCGCCUCCUGCACGCCGUGCUGCAGGGACUGGACGACGCCUGUGACGACGUGUCGGCCGUGGCCGCCAACUGCCUGGUGUCGUCCUGUGACGAGCUGGUCGGCCUCUUCCCGGCCGCCACCGUGUCCGGCAUAGUGGCCACGCUCUGGGACUCGUUGACCGAGCUGGACGACCUGAUGACCUCGACGCCGGCCGUCAUGGAGCUGCUGGCCACACUCAGCUGCCAGGACGUGGUGGCCGACAGGACUUCGCUGCCGUCGCUGGUGCCCCGGCUGUGGCCGUUCCUGGGGCACACUUCGUCAAGCGUGCGGCGGUCGGCCGCCCUCACCCUCAGCCAGCUGGUCCACAGUCAGGACCUGGAGACGUGGUCGGCGGAGGUGAUUCAGAUGGCGCUGCGCCUCACCUUCCAGCGCGCCUUGCUGGAGGACCAAGCUGCCAUACUGGACCUGUUGGUCAAGGCGUGGGCCGGCCUGGUCAGCCGCACGUCGCUCGCCACGCUGCUGACGGCCACGUGUCCGCACAUCGCCUCCUGGCUGUGCAUCCUGAUGCAGCCCACCAAGAUGGCCAUCAGCCCGACCCGCCGGCCGUGCAGUCCGGGCGCUGUGGACCCGGCUGUGCCGAGCCAGUGUUACGUGGGCGGGCCGGCGGCGGCGACGGCCGGCGGUGCGGAGCGCGAGCGAGCCGCCAUGCGCGCCCGCCUCACCGGCGCCGCCCUGCUCGGCUCGCUCAGCCCCUACAUCGUGCAGCCCAUGCCCGGCGCCGUGUACCUGGUCGAGUCGCCCGUCAGCACGUAUGUGGCGCUGCUCUCCACCCAUCUGACCUCACUGUCUGCCAUGCAGCGCGCGGUGGUCGGCCACGUGAUCGCCGAGUGGGUCAAGGCGGCGCCCCGGUUCGAGUUUCCCGACUCGCUCGUGCAGCGUCUGCACGGCUGCCUGGCCGAGUCGGUCUGCUUCGACGAGACGGCCGUGGGAUUUUCGCGGCUGCAGCAGGACUGCCGCGACUACCUGAGCGCGCGCGUGCUGAGUUUCGAGCAGAUCCGCCAGUUGACCGGGCCGGUGUCGGCGGCGCUGCUCAACAGCAGCCGCCUGUCGGCCAAGGUGAUGGAGAAGCUGCAGGAGCGGCGGCUGAGCCUGCAGCGCUCGGGCGCGCAGGUGUGCGACGACCACACCGGCUGGUCCACCAGGACCCAGCUGGCUCUGGCACGGGCUGUGAUUCUGAUGAACCGGCUCACCGACAAGCUGAACCCGGUAGUGCGGCCCGUCAUGGAGAGCAUCAAACGCGAGACUGACCCCCAGCUGCAGGACCUUGCGGCCGACGGCGUGGUCCGCCUGCUGGAGCUGCACCGCCAGCGCCAGUCGGGGCCCGUCUCCAAGAUCAUCAGAAACCUCUGUGCCUUCAGCUGCUGUGAUCCUCUGAGUACGCCCUGCGUUCAGGAGCUGCGCUCGGACAGCAGGCCGGGCACGCCGUGCUCCCCGGACUGCCAGCCGGCUCAGCGUGAGGUGCCGCGGCAGGGUGUGUCUCGUGCUGACUUGACCCUCGCCAUGUCAGGCUCAGCGCGGUGCGCCACAUGGCCGCCCCGCUGCCUGGCCGCCCUGGCCCGGCUCGACCUGCACUGCGCCGCCACUUACCUCGUGGAGCACGUGCUGCCGCUGCUCGGCAGCGGCUCGAGCGUGGCCACGCGCCAGGGCGCCAUAGAAGCAGUCAGCUGCCUAGUCGACUCGCUCUGGAUGGACGCGCUGCCCUAUAUCGUUCUUCUCGUCGUGCCCGUGCUCGGUCGAAUGUCGGACCGGGACACGGCCGUGCGUCUGCUGGCGUCCCGCUCGUUCGCCGCCAUCAUCCAGCUGAUGCCGCUGGAGCCGGGCUGCGGCGGCGCCGAGGCCGUGCCGCCGCACCUGGCCGAGCUGAAGCGCGCCGAGCGCCGCUUCCUCGACCAGCUGAUGGACCCGGCCUGCAUCGACCAGGUGGCCGUGCCGGCGUCAGUGCGCGCGCAGCUACGGCCGUACCAGCGGCGCGGUGUCAGCUGGCUUGCCUUCCUCAACACGUACCAGUUGCACGGCGUGCUGUGCGACGACAUGGGUUUGGGCAAGUCGCUGCAGAGCCUCUGCAUGUUGGCGGUGGAUCAGGCCGCCCGACGCGAGCAGCUGCGGCGCGGCGGCGGCGGCGCCGAGGGUGCGCUGCUGCCCUCCCUCAUCGUGUGCCCGCCCACGCUCACCGGCCACUGGAUGUACGAGGUGGAGAAGUUCGUUGACCCGAGCGAGCUCAGCCCGCUGCACUACUUCGGCCUUCCGAACGAGCGGGUGCGCCUGCAGGCGCGGCUGCCGCAGCACAACCUGGUGAUCGUCUCCUACGACAUCGUCCGCAACGACCUGGACUUCUUCUCAGGCGUCAAGUGGAACUACUGCAUUCUGGAUGAGGGGCACAUUAUCAAGAACGGCAAGACCAAGGUGGCCCGCGCCAUCAAACAGCUGGAUGCCAUGCACCGGCUGAUCCUGACGGGCACGCCGCUGCAGAACUCUGUGCUGGAGCUGUGGUCGCUGUUCGACUUCCUGAUGCCUGGCUUCCUGGGCACGGAGAAGCAGUUCACGUCGCGCUACAGCCGGCCGAUCCUGCUGUCGCGCGACGCCAAGGCCAACUCGCGCGAGCAGGAGGCCGGAGCGCUGGCGAUGGAGGCGCUGCACCGCCAGGUGCUGCCCUUCCUGCUGCGCCGCCUGAAGGAGGACGUGCUGGACGACCUGCCGCCCAAGAUCACGCAAGACUAUUACUGCGAGCUGUCUGACGUGCAGAAGCGGCUGUACGAGGCGUUCACCUGCUCGCAGGCGCAGCUCUCGCUGGUGGAGGGUCUGGAGAGCGCUGAAACAGGCCGCAGCGAGCGCGCGCCGGCGCACGUGUUCCAGGCGCUGCAGUACCUGCGCAAGGUGUGCAACCACCCGAAACUGGUGCUGAGCGAGCAGCACCCGAGCCACACAGACGUCAAGGAGUGGCUGCGCGCGCACGACUCGACGCUGGACCACAUCCAGCAUUCGGCCAAACUGGUGGCGCUGCGCCAGCUACUGCUGGACCUGGGCAUCGGCGAGGAGGCGGGCGCGGCGCCGCUCGCCGUCGACGUGGUGCACCCGCACCGGGCUCUCAUCUUCUGCCAGCUCAAGUCGAUGCUGGAUAUUGUGGAGCGCGACCUGCUGCCGCACCUGCCGGGCGUGACGUACCUGCGGCUGGACGGCGCUGUGCCGGCGGGCGAGCGCCAGGGCCUGGUGCACCGCUUCAACACGGACCCGAGCAUCGACUGCCUGCUGCUGACCACGCAGGUGGGCGGGCUGGGCCUGAAUCUGGUUGGCGCCGACACCGUCAUCUUCGUCGAGCACGACUGGAACCCGAUGAAGGACCUUCAGGCGAUGGACCGCGCGCACCGCAUCGGCCAGCGGCGCGUGGUCAACGUUUACCGGCUGAUCACGCGCGGCACGCUCGAGCAGAAGAUUAUGGGCCUGCAGAAGUUCAAGCUCAUGACGGCCAACACUGUCAUCACCAGCGAGAACAGCAGCCUGCUCACCAUGGGAACCGACCAGCUGUUCGACCUGUUCACGCUGGAGGCGCACCGCAAGGAGGGCGGCGCGGCCGACGGGUCGCGCGCUCCCGAGGCACGGGGCAUCAAGGCCAUGCUCGAGUCGCUGCCCGAACUGUGGGAAGGAGAGCAGUACGAGCAGGAGUACGACCUGACCAGUUUCAUGAAGACCCUACGCUCGAAUGCGACGCCCUGACGCGGCCCGUUCACACGGCUGGCUGCCCUGGUCCGGGACCACGCGCGCUGUCACUGCAUGGGCCCGUUAUUCGGUGGUAUUCGGUGGAAUUCGUGGCCGUGGUUACCUAAUUGAGUCCCGAAUGACCCUGGGUUCAAAAGGUCUCGAAACGCACAUCCUUGCGUGCAGGGAGCUAAACUGCUGGCGUUACGUAAGCAGACCUACUCUGGACGACUUGGUCCGUUGCCGUUGCGCACUGUCCGCGUGAUCCU